UAUGGAUUGGCCAUCUUUUCUUUACUAAAAAUAAAAAUAAAAACUCCCACUACACCUUUAAUUAAUUCAAAAUAAAAUAAUAAUAUACUCAACUUUCAUUUGUCUAUAUAUCACUUAUAGUAGUCAAGUAUCUCUACUUUGUUUUUCUCCCCUAAACAUGGCUUCCCUCCUCUUUCUUUGCUUUCUCUCCAUUUCUUCCCUAUACAAUAAUGUUGGCUUUGCUUCUUCAGCUAGUAAUAAAGCACCCUAUCUCGAUGCUCUUUUACCAAAUGGGGACUUUGAAGAAGCACCCAAGGCCUCAAACAUGAAGAAAACAGUUAUAAUAGGCAAAUACUCACUACCCAAGUGGGAAAUCAAGGGUUUGGUAGAGUACAUCUCUGGUGGACCCCAGCCAGGUGGCUUCUACUUUGCGGUGCCACGUGGCGAACACGCAGUGAGGUUAGGUAACGAGGCAUCGGUUUCUCAAAACGUCGCCGUUAAAGCAGGUGUGAUAUACUCACUCACUUUUGGGACCACAAGGACUUGUGCACAAGACGAGGCGUUGAGGAUCACAGUGGCUGGUCAGUCAGCUGAGCUGCCCAUUCAAACACUGUACAGCAGUGAUGGUGGAGACUCUUAUGCUUGGGCUUUCAAAGCUGAUAAUAAGGUUGUUAAGGUCACAUUUCAUAAUCCUGGUAUUCAAGAGGACCCCACUUGUGGUCCAUUGUUGGAUCAUAUUGCUAUUAAGGAAAUGAAACCUCCCACUUAUGCUAGAGGUAACUUGGUGAAAAAUGGAGGCUUUGAAAAUGGACCACAUGUAUUCAAGAACUUCUCAACAGGAAUCUUACUCUCACCCAAAAUCCAAGACCUAAUUUCACCCCUUCCCGGAUGGAUCAUCGAGUCACUCAAGCCAGUCAAAUUCAUCGACGCAAAACACUUCUCUGUCCCCUCAGGGCUCGCCGCGAUUGAGUUGGUCGCGGGGAGAGAAAGUGCCAUUGCCCAAAUCAUCCGAACCGUCACCAACAAGAUGUACAAACUUAGCUUCACAAUUGGAGAUGCAAAGAAUGGUUGUCAUGGAUCUAUGAUGGUUGAGGCUUUUGCAGCUCAUGAGACACUUAAGGUCCCUUUUGUGUCACAAGGAAAAGGUCAAUUUAAAACUGCAAGCAUUAAGUUCAAAGCAAUUUCUAAUAGAACAAGAAUAACAUUUUAUAGUGCUUACUAUCAUACCAAGCUUCAUGAUUAUGGACACAUGUGUGGUCCUGUCUUGGACAAUGUUGUGGUCACCCCAGUUUACUAAAUUUGUUUUUGAUUUUAAUUGUGCUAUUUUUGUUUAAAAGAGGUUCUUAACAAUAUUCUUCUUUUUACCUUUUUAACACUUUUCUAUCAAAUUGUAAUAGUAUGAACAGUGUAGAUAAAAGAGAGAGAGACAAUGAGAAUAUUGUUAGUAUUUCUCUUUAUUUAAAGUUGAAUUGGAUCUAGCUUUGUAAACACCUUUUUUUUUUAAAAAAAAAAAAGAAGAAAGGUGGUGUAAGUCACAUUUAUGAA